AUGACCGAACAGGUCCAACAGACAGACUCUGAAUGGGCAAGUUCGCCCAAAGAACAGAGACAGGCCUACAGAGGGAGAAAAGGGGUGGUGUUGCCUGAGGACGAAGUUUUUGUAGAGGAGGUUGAGGAGGUUGAAGAACAGCCUAGAGUCAUACAUGACCAGAUUUUGACAAACUCACAGUUAGCCACAUUGUUUGAUGAGCUAGAUGCAGAAGAGGAACGGGAGAGGUUGGAGGCAAGAGCAGCUAGGGAACCCCUAAAGAUUCAGAGCAACAAACCUCUACCCCAAACCAAACAGAGGUUCAGGUUCAGGUUUUGA